ACUUUGCGAUUGACUGCAAGCAAUUCUAACUAUUUUUGGAUGAGUGGUUGUUCGUCUAUUACAACUUUACUUUUUGGCACUAAAUCUGUGACGUUUUAUGAAUCAGCAUCAGGUAGGUAUGUUUAGAUCAUUCUAGAAGAGUCGAAGGAGGCCUUCAGACCUAUAUAUAACCACACAGCUGCUGGUGCAGUCAGUAUCGCAUUUGGGCGCCUAACGAGCACAAGUCAAAACAUACCUAGUUGAGAAAGAUGUCUAUGGUACCAUUACUUUUCCGCGACUGGUGGGAUGACAUCGAAUUGUCCCGUCCGCGCCGUCUCUUGGACCAACACUUUGGAACGGAGUUAAACAGGGACGAUCUCCUAAGUUCAUUCACAAACGUGCCUCGCUGCUCCCUUCUCAGCAACCGUUACUUCAGACCAUGGCGUACAGAAAUCGCAAGACAGGAUUCGGGCUCGACCAUCAACGCUGACAAGGACAAGUUCCAGGUGAUCUUGGACGUGCAGCAGUUUUCCCCGAGCGAAAUCACCGUAAAAACAAGCAACAACAGCGUGAUCGUAGAGGGUAAACACGAGGAGAAGCAAGACGAGCACGGGUACGUUUCGAGACACUUCAUUAGGAGGUACGUUCUUCCUCAGGAGCACGAAAUCGAAUCCGUUGUUUCGAGUCUUUCAUCCGAUGGAGUUUUGACCAUUACUGCUCCACGUAGGGGCACAAAGGAGAUCAAGAGUGAACGAAUCGUGCCAAUUACGCAAACUGGUCCAGCUAAAUCUACCGUCAUUACCGAAGAGAAGUAAAUAUUUAAAAGAAUUUUUAUAUAUUUUGUAAUUACAUAUUUUUAUUCCAUGCUUGUUAGCUAAUAAACACUUUUUGAAUCGUU